AUGGGAAACUCUAAAUCUCGCGCUCUCGGCGCCUUCAGCCCUAAUCAUAGAGGCGAUCGAUUUGAUGAUGAUCAAACAAAUAAUAAUUCAUCCUCACCAUCAAGAUUAACAACAUCCGAGGCAAAGAAGGAUGAAAAACCUCAACUAGCAGCACCUUCCGAACAAUUGAAAUUCAUUACGGAGAGUUAUGAAUCAUUUAAUAGAGUUUUCUUUGGUGAGGAAUUUCUUAAUGAUGGUGAGGUUGAUAAUUCAUCGGUGGAUUCAAAGUUAAUUUUGCCAAUCGAAUUGAUUAGAGUAGUAUUGGAUUAUUGUGAUCAGAAGGAAUUGCAAGCCAUGUUAACAAGUUGUAAAUUAUUGUAUAAUAUUUUGAGAAUGGACAUGUAUUAUUGGCCGCAAAUUACAAAAUAUCAAACAUUUGGUCAAUUGGUGAAAUAUUUGGAGAGUCACGAUUUGUUAUUACAUACUGAGCUGUAUACCAAUGUUGGUCAAGCUUUGCAUUAUACUGAUCUCUCCUUACCAGUGAUGGAUAUAAAGCGAAAGACUGAAUUUAAACUAUUCAAAGGCGAAAAUAGUUGGUCCUUAAAUAGUACCACAUAUUCUGCAUUGACUUCAAAGAAUUGGGAACAUCCUGAUAGGAGAGGAACCUGUUCACAACUCUUUGCUGAGGAAUAUGUUAGAGAUGAUAUUUAUGACAUGGAUAUUCUUAAUUUAAUGGUAAACACCUUGUUUAAGUUGAGACUUCUCGUACAGAAAUAUAAGGUGUCUACUGCAAUUCCAACUCGUGUUGUUCCAAAUUUGAGAAUGGCAUUAAGAGAUUAUAGAAAUUUCUUCCAUUCUCAUCCAAGAUUGAAAUUAUUGUUGAGCGCAAGAGAACGUGAAAAUAUGGAAAUGAACGGCCCAAUUGAGCUAGAAUCUAGAGAAGAUGAAUUGCCAAAACCAAUUGAUAAUUCUUUGAAAUUGCUCUCAGAAAAUGAUUUUGGAAAGCCAAUUGCCUAUUCAUGUGUAUUUUGUAAUUCAAAGGUUGGCGGUUUCACUUGUGUCAAGUGUAAUGAGCUAUUAUUGAUUAAUUCACUCGAAGGAACGGCCAAAUGUCCAAACUGUUCUUCCUCCAUUCAACGACCAAACUGUUGUCAAAAAGAAAUGCAACCUCAAGCGAUUGAUUGGACAAUCCAUCCAUCCACAACUGGACCUCAAUUUCCAUGCAAAUGCUCAGCCAUUGCAUGUCGUUGCUUUGCUUGUUGCUCCAAAGAUUCCAACCCAGAAGGUUCCAAACUCACUUACAAUCAUUUCUACAGAAGAGUUUGGGAAGCUGAUGUGUAUACUUGUUCAGCUAGAUGCAAAGGACAAUAUUAUGAUGGAGCAUUCUCAUGUGGUUCAUGUAAAUCAACAAGAGGGCUCAUUAUGGUUAAUGUUGAUGAUUAG